AUCAUGUUCAAUCUCAAGUGACACCAUGACCAUGCCUCCCCAUGAAGAUGUAGAAGAUGAGACGAACAAAACUGUGGUGAGAUGCGUGUCUCAACACAUUAAUCAUUUAAUUAAUGCUGAUAUUAGUGAAGUCAAACAGUUUAGAAGCAGGAUUUCUGGAGACCCAAGCUUUGUUGUUCAAUUUCCUGAUUGCCCAUCUGGAGCAAAGAGUAUGAAUGAAUUUGAUGAUUUGGAGGUGAAAACCUUGAAGGAUGAUCAAUGCCUUGAGAAUUGUUCCCAUGGGGUAUUUGGGAGGUUGAGUCCGUGGAAUGUCAUUAUGGUCAGUGGUAUUAUGGUGCUUGCAAGGUUUGUGUUAAAAAAAGUAACAGCAUUUGCUCCAAGGAAGUUCAGAUGUGAUAAGUGUAAGAAAAAUUAUGGAUAUGCAGUGAAGAGGUAUUACUAUUCUUUUUCUAGCAUUCAUUAUCAAUUACAGGCUAAUCAAGCAGAUUUAUUCCUAAGGAGAUUGAGUAAAAGCUUUUGGGACAAAAGAUUUUGUUUAAAAUACAACCGAGAGAUAAUAUGGAAUUCCCAAUAAGCUAUCCUUAUAUUGUAAACAAAGUAUGCAAUAUUCUAGAAAUUGUUGACAAGUAUUUGCCUGGAGAUUUGAAAGAACAACCUUUUUCUUCUGAUUUAAAGUUGUCCGAGCUACUAUUAGGUUCAGAUCUUCCAGAGGUACUUAACUUGAUUAUGGGUAAAAAUCUUAUUCCAAAUUUCUAUUAUUAAUUUCUUUUAUAUUUUCAGGUUUCCAGGCAAGCUUUCUUACACCAGAUUUGUCAAACUUAACCAAUGAUACACAUGCUGAGUGGAUUGUUGAAGGAACUGUUAAAAGAUGUCUGGAUUUAGAGUUUGAUUCCUGUGUUGAAGUGAAUGAUGGACAGGCUAAAAAGAAGUUGAAAGACAAUGUGGAUGAGUGAGCCGUUUUCUGUUUUGGAACCAAUGUUUUUAUGUUUUUAUUUCUGUGUUUUGAGGGAUUUCAGAUUUCUGAUUUGAAGUAUUGACAAUGUUUUGCUACUUA